AUGAAAGAGAAGGAAGAGUAUGAAAGUGCAUCUCUUUCAGUAGCAGCAGCAGCAGCAACAGGACUAAACUCUGUUGGUAGACAAGGUUCGGAACAUAAAAAAUCAGUCACAUUUGACGAUGGAAUCAAGCCCGGUGACCAAAUACCUACAUCUACAGUCGCCGCUGCUGCGGCAAUGGCAACAAAUAACAUUUUAUCAACACAUAAAACACGAACAAAUGAAAAUGAUCCAAAUCAAGCAACAUUAUUCAAAUCAGAAACAUUAACAAGCGAAGAACUUGAAGAUCGAAUUCGACGAUUAACAGAUCAAAAUGAACCGCCAGUGGAAUUUCGUAUUCAUAAUAAUUUGAUUGUGAUGAGUAAAAUCGUUGAUAAUUUCGAUUGUUAUUUAACUCGAAAUACAAAACGUUGUUGGAUAUUUUCCACCCGUGGUCUAUGUACAGUCGCACAAGAUGAACUUAUUUUCAUUUUCGAUGAUAACUUAACCGAUGCAAACGAACUCAUUUCCGAUAUUCUUAAUCACAUCCAUCAGAUAUACGAAGAUGCAACUCGAGGUUCAUUUGUUCGCCAUUUGGGUUUAUCGUUGUCAUCAAAAUCUUCAACAUUUCUCACCUCAUCGACAACGGCCGGAUUUCUUUACUUCACUGAUUCAACAGUAUCAUAUAGUUUAUUUCCGGACGCACCAUAUCUAUUUGGUAUUCUCAUUGAUCGAUUAGAAUUACCGACUGCUCAGUGUUUUCCAUUGAGACUUUUACUUCGCUUAGGCUAUGAAUAUCAAAGCUAUCCAUGGCCAUUAUUUAGUAUAAUCAAUCGCGAUGCUAUUUUUAGUGAUACUCAACAUACAAUAAUGAGUUUACUUUGUGAUUUUCGUUCGUUUACUUAUGUUUUACCUACUAUCCGUGGUCUGAUCAUAUCAGUUGGUACUCAAGGUUCCGUGUCAAUACGUAUUCCGCGCAAUCGUCAUGAUGACAUAUUAAAAUCACUCGAUCAAAGUAGUCCACAUGCAUUAAGUUUCGGUAUAAUGAAUGUUAAUCGUCAAAUUCAUUCGAAACAUCUCGUUACAAUUCAAAACUGUGCAGAUCAACAAUACGAAACGCGAAUCUUUUCAUCAGCCGAUUGCAAUAAUGAACAAAUCAUGAUUGGUGCAAAUUUUCUUGUGAUUAAUGCAAGUCUUCGUUCUCGUGAUAGUCCAUCAAGUUCGCCAUUGGACAUGCAAACUGGUGGAAGUUUUUCAUCCAAUAAUUUAAAUGCAAAAGUCAAUUCAAUUGAAGAUGGAAUUAUGUUGCAAAUCGAUGGUGAUGCACUUAAAGUGCUCAAACAAUGUUUAAGAGAGAGAAAAGACUAUGCGAUAUUAGCAAAAGCAAGAGCGAUUGUUACGGAUGAACAAAAAGAUGGAAAUGUUGUUAAAAGAAGUUCAAGUGAACAGUUAGUAGAAUUUAUCUGGAUUGAUGAAGAUAAUGAUGUUAAUCGAGGAGUUCGUUCACCGAUUGAUCAUUUUCCGAUGGAUGGAAUUCGUAAUUCUCGUAUUCAUUAUGCUGGACAACGUUCGCCAUUAUUUCGAAUUCGAUGGGCGGAUUUAUUUUUUAUUGAAUGUCAUUUGAAUAAUAAUGAAUCUUUUGAUCCAACACGUUUAGCUGAUUCACUUGCAAAAGCUUUUACACAAGCCUUAACACCUUUUGUUGAUAUGCUUGUCGAAGCGAAAUAUCGUAAAUUAGGUUUACGGGUGACAAUUGAUCGAGAAAAUGCUUCAUAUUUAGCCGGUUCAAAUGGUGAACAAUUAUCACCGUUUUUUCUUAGUCAACUUGACGAUCAUAUGAUCCCUAUUGUAAUGAAAGCAUCAGACAAUAUUUCACGUUCAACUCCAACACUUGUUCUUGAACUUGUCUUUUAUUUAAUUGAUUAG